AUGGCUGAGACCCAGCGUCGUCCUCGUGUCUACUUCGACAUUCAGAUUGGCAGCCAGAAGGCUGGCCGUGUUGCGCUUGAAUUGUUCAACGAUGUCGUUCCCAAGACCGCAGAGAACUUUCGCGCCCUUUGUACAGGCGAGAAGGGCACGGGAAAGCAAGGGAAACCACUGAGCUACAAGGGAUCCAUUUUCCACCGUGUGAUCAAGCAGUUUAUGAUCCAGGGUGGUGACUUCACCAACUUCAAUGGAACCGGUGGUGAAUCCAUCUACGGCGAGAAAUUCCCCGACGAGAACUUCGAGCUCAAGCACGACAGACCUUUCCUCCUCUCGAUGGCCAACUCUGGUCCUGGCACCAAUGGCAGCCAGUUUUUCAUCACCACUGUCCCAACUCCCCACCUGGACGGCAAGCACGUGGUCUUCGGUGAGGUGAUUAACGGAAAGAGUAUUGUUCGCAAGAUCGAGAAUAUGCCUACCCAAGCCGACAAGCCUACCACCGACGUGACCAUCGUUGACUGCGGUGAGCUCUCUGGCGAGGACUACGAGAACGCCACGAAGCAGGUUGCCGAUGCCACCGGAGACCCCUACGAGGACUACCCCGAUGAUCACCAGGGCGAGGAGCUCAACGCUCAGGUCUGCUUCAAGAUCGCUUCCGAGCUGAAGAACUUUGGCAACACUGCUUUCAAGAGCGGCGACCUUGCCCUAGGCCUUGACAAGUACCAGAAGGGCCUGCGCUACCUGAACGAAUUCCCUGAUCCCGAUGAGAACGAUCCCAAGGACCUCGAGCCUCAGAUGAAAUCUCUUCGCUUCACUCUUCACUCCAACUCGUCCCUGCUCGCGAACAAGCUUGGUCAAUACAAGAAUGCCCAGAACUGGGCUACCUACGCCCUUGAAGUCGCCGACGCCGCCAACGCCAAGGAAGCAGAUAAAGCCAAGGCCUACUAUCGCCGCGCUGUCGCCUACAGUGGCCUGAAGGAGGAAGAUGAGGCUCUGAAGGAUCUCCAGGAAGCUUUGAAGCUGGCCCCCGGUGACGCUGGCAUUCUCAACGAGAUCGCCAAGGUCAAGAAGGCGAUCAAAGACCGUGAAGCUAAGGAAAAGGCCGCUGCUCGGAAGUUCUUCUCAUAG